CUCCCAUAUCAGCGGGAAAUAAAAAUGGCGAAUGUAUUAGGGGAGAAUGACCCGUUUGUUAUUUUCUAAACAAAAUUUAUUUUGUGUCAUAUUUUGAGAGGAGCAUUUCAAAGAGAUUUACCGAUAUUUGGACAAGACCCCAAUCACCGGUUACGACCGAGUACUUCAAUAUAUAUGGCAUUUUGACCCUCCUAACUGACCGAAUGAGAGACUCAACGGCAUUAGAGCGCUUGCCGGUCCACCAGCAGAAAGCACCUUCCCUUCGGCAGCAGUGCAAGACGCCAGUGUCCCUGACCAGCGUCCACUCUACCGAGGAUAGACAUGGAGGGGACACGGUCACCAAGCUCGGCAACAAGUUUGAAGAGGGACAAGAGGUCCUAGCCCGAUGGUCGGAUGGGCUGUUUUAUUUGGGGACUAUCACAAAGAUAAAUAAGGACAAGCACCGCUGCUUUGUUGUCUUUGAAGAUCGGUCCAAGUCCUGGGUUCUGUGGAAGGACAUUCAGACAGGGGACGAGGGAGGAGAGGACAUGGUCUGCACAAUAUGCCAGGAUGAGUGCUCAGAGGAUCCCAACGAGAUUGUCAUCUGCGACAAGUGUGGACAAGGAUACCACCAGCUCUGCCACUCACCCAUCAUCGACUCCAGCCUGAUCGACACCGAUGAGAAAUGGCUCUGUAGGGAGUGUGUGUUCAACACAACAGAGGUGAAGGGGCGGAGACAGGAUAAAGAAGGAUUUUUAAGCCUUGAGACAAUUGAGACAUGGAUUGUGUAUGUGUACCAUUCAAAGGGUGAAUGGAAGGGUCCCAAAGCCCUGCAGGAGCUGAAGCAGUCUCUACCUUAUUCCCUGGAGGACCUGGUGUGGGACCAGGGCCACAAGACCAACAUCCAGCAAUGCUACUGCUACUGUGGAGGGCCUGGAGACUGGUACCUGAAGAUGCUGCAGUGCAACAGGUGUAAGCAGUGGUUCCACGAGGCAUGCGUCCAGUGUUUUAAGACGCCCAUGCUCUAUGGAGACAGGUUCUAUCUAUUUAUUUGCUCAGUUUGCAGUAGUGAACCAGAGUACCUCAAACGACUGCCUCUUAGAUGGGUGGACGUUGCACACCUGAGCCUCUACAACAUGAGUGUGAUUCACAAGAAGAAAUACUUUGAUUCUGAGCUGGAGCUGAUGACUUACAUCAACGACAACUGGGAGCAACUGCAGCUCGGGGAGCUUUCAGCCACUCCUCAGUCGGACCGAUAUGAAAGUAUUUUGGAAGCACUGAAUAGCAACCACAGCAUGUUCAUGUCAGGAAAGGAGAUUAAGAAGAAGAAGCACCUCUUUGGGCUGAGGAUCCGUUUUCCUCCGGGUCCCCAGAGCUCUGACCUGCUGGCCAACAGAGGGGAGCCAGAGAGGGCCUCCAACGAGAUCAAGAUCAAAGGCAGGAAGGCUAUCAAGCCUCUUACCAACACAAGUGAAGUAACCAAUGGCGUGGUGAAGAAGGCCAAGAAGAUGAAGAAACAGGGAGGUCACUCCCUGGCGACUCUGGACAAGCAAAGUCGCGCCAGUGAACUCUUGGCCCAGGAUAUGAAGCCACCACCACCUCUGGAUACCCAGUCCUUAAGGAGCAGCAGGAGUGACAGAUCUCUUCCCUCCUCCAGUACCUCCGAGAUGGAAUCCAUCAGUGCCGUCCGCACCACUGAAACUACCUCAACUAGCCUCUCCAGACAGUCCAGCUUGUGUAGCUCCAGUAAGACGUUCACGGGUCGCCACUGGCCCAUCGCCCAGCCCCCCCUGAAGAGGAGACGGGGCCGGCCACGUCGGGCCCCCCUCCAGCCCCCCAACCCUGAGAUCCCCCCUCCUCACCAGCCAGACCCCCACCACCUCCCAGAGCCCCCCAUCCCCCUGCCGGGGCUCCACUCCACAGACAUAGUGCACGGGCUGGGCCAAGGUGGUCAGCUGUCCCACCUGAAGAGCUCAAUCAGUAGCUACUUUGGGGUGGCAGGCCGCCUGGAGUGCGGGGAGAAGUACCGCAUCCUAGCUCGCCGGGUCACCCUGGACGGCAAGGUUCAAUACCUGGUGGAGUGGGAGGGCGUCACUGCCUCCUAAACUUGUCGUAGCGCUUACGUAGUUUAUUACACAUACGUAGCGCUUAACAUGUUUACACAGCGUUUAUAAAGCAUUAUAAACUGGGUGGUUCUGAAUGCUGAUUGGCUGAAAGCUGUGGUAUAUCAGGCCGUAUACCACGGGUAUGACACAUUUAUUUUUACUGUUCUAACUACAUUGGUAACCAGUUUAUAAUAGCAAUAAGGCACCUCGGGGUUUGUGGUAUAUGAACAGCCUAAGAACAGCCCUUAGCCGUGGUAUAUUGGCCAUACACCACGCCACCUCUGCUUAAUUGCACUCUACUUCUGAGAUCGGGCUUCCCCGUGUUGCCCAGUCUGGAACGGCGCUUGCGUUUCCAGUGAUAUGCUCCAGUGAUAUGGUCUUUCUGUGACUUGUCUUUUGUGUUUGAGAUCUGUUUCAGUUUUGUGAACUGAAGAGGUUAAGAGAUCAGCUUUGGCAGAAUGUAAAAUGAAUGGUGUUUAGAGUGGCUAGGUAGGGGGUGUGAAUGGUGUUUGAGUGUCUUUGAGCCUGACCUGAUAUGUUGAAAGUGUUUGCGAGUAGUUGAUGUUCGAGAGGGACUCAAACAACAGAGAUGAUGUUGGGCUGCUGCAAACCCGUUUAUUAUUAUUGUUUAUUAUGAAUUAUUAUAUAUCUUUACUUUUCUACGUUUUUAUUGAUAUGCCUCGAGUGUCUAGUGAGACAGUUCAUUUUUUUACGAUUUGGAUUUGAUUGCACAUACUGUGUCAAGUUCAGCCUGUUCUCAGCAAUUCUCCUGAACCCGUUGUACCCAGGCUCAUAAAAUCACUUAGAGAUAUGAAGUUUCUCUUUUCUGUCUUUGGCAGCUGAAAGCAUGUAACCUCUAGCUCUAAUCUCUGCUUAAUGUUCUGCAAAUCAUCUCACUAUGAAUAGUUUUAAUAUCACUGUGUUCUUGUCCAAAUCUACACUAUGUCAAGAUUUUACUCAGACUUUUUCUAAUGCAUUAUUAAUUACUGGUAGAAUUUGCUUUGAGGGCUGAGCUUGUGUGAAAGAACGUUAGUGACUGACUUCAUGUGUAUGUGGUAACUGGUAUAGUUAGGCCUUGUUACAUUUGAAAGGUUGAGUAAUGUACCCACGUUUUUACUUGUGUUCUACAAUAUACAGUGUGGCAAAAAAGUAUUUUGUCAGCCACCAAUUGUGCAAGUUCUCCCACUUAAAAAGAUGAGAGGCCUGUAAUUUUCAUCAUAGGUACACUUCAACUAUGACAGACAAAAUGAGAAAACAAAUCCAGAAAAUCAACAUCAUUAACUUUUGUUAAUGACCAAAUACUUAUUUUCCACCAUAAUUUGCAAAUAAAUUAAAUAAAAAUCCUACAAUGUGAUUUUCUGGAUUUUUUUCUGUCAUUUUGUCUGUCAUAGUUGAAGUGUACCUAUGAUGAAAAUUACAGGCCUCAUCUUUUUAAGUGGGAGAACUUGCACAAUUGGUGGCUGACUAAAUACUUUUUUGCCCCACUGUAUGUUCUGAAGAUAUACAUUUUUGCUGCAUUUUUUAAAUAGGCAAUCAUUGUACUUUUAGAUAUCUACAGUUACAUUUAUGAACCUCUUAAAGGACUUUGUUCCUUAAUUUUCUUCCCUCUGCGGUUAUAUUUUAUGACUUUGAUCAGUGCGAACAUUGAAUGCAAAAAUCUCAUGGACCUUUCUACUUAAACAAAUAAAACUGAUUUCAGUUCUUAAAUCCGCCUAUGCAACUUAAGUCUCGAAAGACAAUUGUUUUUGUAUUUCAAUCACUUGACCGCAAGAUUGGCAUCAUCAACAAACCGCAACAAUAUUUUGGUUUCAUCUGAGUCGGGCCUUUUUGUUUUUUUAUUUCAGGUGCUAUUUAUUUCACCUUUUACUCAGAACUGUGCACUUAGCCAGACGUCUGCUGGUACAGCCAGCUCACCUAGAACCCACUCAGGAUAUGCGCAGCAACUUUACUAUAUGUAUGAUGUACUCAAAGAUUUGGAAUGUAACAUGUUAUUGAUGGAACAUUGGAACAUUUUCUGUGGUGUCAGUAUUUCAUUGAAGUUCAUUUUAAAGAAAAUGUAGCGUUCAUUUAGUCAUUCCUCUGUGACUGGUUGUUUUCAAAAAGCUGCAGUUCAGUCCAUUAUGCUACAGGGUCACAAAUGUCUUAGUUCAUCUGAAAACAUUAUCUUCCACUUAUCUCAUGAAGUGUUUUUAAAAUAUUUUUUUAUAUUUAGUUCCCUUCACCUCUGAGGGGUUAGGUUCAACACAGAAGACACAUUUAAUUUGAAUGCAUUCAGUUGUACAACUGACUAGGUAUCUCCCCCACUGUGUCAUUGUAAGAGUUCAAGCAGUUAAUGCCUCUUGCUAUUGGAUGUGUUUUGUUAUUCUCAGAUAAUGCCAUUUUCCCCUUGAGGCAGUGGAGUUGGGUCUUGACGUUGAUACCUCUUUAUUAAAAACAAAAGUUAUUUUAAGCUUUUCUUCUGUAUCAAACUUUAUUGGUCACAUACACAUUUAGCAAAUGUUAUUGCGGGUGUAGUGAAAUGCUUGUGUGUGUGUAUGUUGUUCCAGUGUUAGACCCCUGGAUAUUUGUUUUCUACUGCCUUUGAACAGGCUUCUUCAUCCAAAUAAUAAAUAUCUAAAAGCCUA